AUGUCGUGUGAACACGAACAUCAUCACCACCAUGUGGCCCCAGUUCCCACGAACCCUGGCCAGUCACUUCUCAGCCAUAUAGAUAUUCCCCAUAUUAGAGCACUCAAUGUCGACCAUCAUAGCCAUGUUGGCAAGAUUUUCCGCAAACCAGAAGAAAAGUAUCAAUUGACUCCAGCAGUGGUUUCUGACUGCGACUCGCAACUCAUCAUUCAUAUACCCUUCACUUCGGGAACCGUCAAAUUGCACUCGAUCAUUUUACGUACUAACGGAGACGUCCACUGUCCCAAGAAGAUCAAGGUGUGGAAAAACGACGACCACAUUGACUUUGACAAUGCUGGUGCAAAGAAACCUACUCAUACAAUUGACCAUCCCAGAGUGGGAGUCUUAUACAACGAUGUCGAAGAUCUUCCCACGGAAAUCGUCAGUGAUGGCGAUUUUGUCGAGCACCAUGUCCCUCGCCAUGUAUUUAGUGGGGUAAGUCUGUUGACAUUGUUUGUAGAGACUGUUUUUGGAGAAGACGACGAAGAUGACGAGGACGAAGAACCAUGCAUUUUUCACUAUAUUGAGCUCCGCGGUGAAUUCACAGCACUUUCCAAAGAUCCAGUGGUGACCUUGUACGAGCUGGCUGCUAAUCCGGCAGACCACAAGGUGGACGAGGUGGGCACGGCCACGGGAAUGAGUGGGUAUUAG